ACAAGAGGCGAGCAAACCAGAGGUUAAAACAAGUAAAUCAUCAACUGCAUCAUCUACAACAAAAGGUUCAGAGAAUUCAGAAAGUUCUAAAAAGUCAUCUUCAAAAAGUUCAUCGAAAAAGCCCAAAAAAACAGGAACAACUAAGAAGAAAACUGAAGAAAAGGUUGUGAACCGUAUUUGUCAAACAAAACGUGAUGGGGUCUUUGUACUGGUCAUCGAGGCCAUACCAGUGAAUAAACUUAAAGAAGAUGAGGACUUUGAUCUGAGUUUGGAUGUUGAAAUGAAAGGAAAGAAUGGUUAUCUGUCUGCAUCUGAUUGGCCUCUGUAUCCUUUUUAUGGCACCAUGUCACUUCUUUAUGUGUUCUAUGGCCUUGUGUGGCUGAUCGUUUCUGCUUGCCAGUGGAGAGAUUUACUCAGAAUACAGUUCAUGAUUAUUCUUUUUGUAGGUAUGCUGGAAAAGGCUGUGUUCUUCUCAGAGUACAAUAACAUUAACAUUACCGGGGUGACAAACCCAGGAUUGACAGUUUUUGCUGAGCUUGUGUCAUGUGUCAAGAGAACGUUGGCUCGAAUCUUGGUCAUCAUUGUCAGUAUGGGAUUCGGUAUCGUCAAACCCAGACUGGGAUCAACCCUCCAUCGAGUGUUAGGAGUUGGAGCUUUGUACUUCAUCCUGGCUACUAUCGAGGGAUGCUUUAGGGCACUUCGUCCAAAAUCUGAUCCUGGUCGUCAGCAGUUGAUUGCCAGUAUCCCGCUGGCUGUUCUGGAUGCCUCCAUCUGCUGGUGGAUAUUUAUGUCCUUGGUUCAGACCACAAGGACUCUUCGUAUCAGACGCAACCUGGUGAAACUCUCCCUGUACCGCCACUUCACAAACACUCUUAUCUUUGCAGUUUUGGCAUCUGUGGCCUACAUGAUUUGGUCCAUCAAGACUCACAGAUUUUCCAAGGGUGGUUGUAUCACGGACUGGUCCGAGUUGUGGCUUGAUGAAGCUUUUUGGCAUUUCCUGUUCUCAAUCGUGCUGCUUGUCAUUAUGGUUUUGUGGAGACCCACAGCAAAUAAUCAAAGGUACGCCUUCACCCCAAUUGUUGACUUUGGUGACGAAGAAGAUGAAGACGAGAACAUGACCCUGUCAGAUGCUUUCGAUGGCAUGAAGAUGAGGAAUGUCAAGAACACACCAGAAGUUAUCAUCAAUGGCGACAUGAAAAGAAAACACAAACCAGAGGAUGAUCUGAAAUGGGUUGAAGAAAACAUCCCCAGCUCUGCAGCCGAUGCAGUCUUACCAAGUGUGUUGGACUCAGAUGAGGAACUAAUGACAACCAAGUUUGAGAUGUCCAAAAUGGAAUAAAAUUUUUAAUUUCCACCGAAUCACUAACGCGUCCUUCUAAACUGCUCUUCUAAACGCUCAAGCUUCAGAGUUCAGUUGGUGAGACGCGUCAACGUGAAAAUGUGAUACCGUUUUCUGAGAUAAGAGCAGGAUUUUUUUUUCGUUGAAACGAAAGUGCACAGUCAAAGAGAUCUGGGCACUAAGAUCGGUGCUCGUUUCUGCUGUUCAUCUGUAGGAGACGAGACACUGGCUCAACAACAUAACUUGUGUAUUUUCGCAUUUCCUGGAGGGUUCUAAUCCAAUCGUGGAAAAGUCAGAACCCGUUUCUUCUUGUUUUUGUAUUUUUCUUUCUACUCUGAAUGUUAGUGCUAAUACGUCUUAACCCUUUAGUCCCAAGGAGCGUUCAGCAUCUUAUUUCUCCUUACAAUGAUACUGCUGAAUCAUGCUUUGAGAUCAUGAGAAUAAAGGAAAUGAUCGCAAACCUAAGAAGCUUUGAUUGAUAAACGAAUUCUCGUUGUCAGUUCUAAAGGAAAUGGCUUGAGAAGAGUAGGGAGAAUGUAGAUACUGAUCUUAGGGCGUAAGGGGUUAAGCGAUAGGAACAUUUUCAAAUGAUGUUCUAAACAAAUUGAUCUGAAUUAUUUGACUUCAAACGGUCAGCUUUUGCUGAAUUAUCAAACGUGAUUCCUUUACAUAGCUUCUUGGAAAAUUUUAGAGAGAAGUCGAAGUAGUUUUUAGUUUUACAGAAGCCGUUGUUAUUGAGUUGAAAAUGCGCUUUCGUAUGUUGCUCAUUGUUACAAAAUGCUUACUGCUGUUUUUUUCCGUUAAAUAUUUGACUUUUGUGUUUUGUUCCGUUACUUCAAAUUACUACGAUGUAUUCCAAGCAGUGGUAUUAGUUCGGUAAUAUUUCUCUCUGUGGGUACUCCAAAAGAUUUUUAUAUUACGUGGUCCAGCCGCAUGUUAGUUUUGAAUCAGUUAAUAUAUUAAUUUAAACGGUAAAUUUUAUUCCACUUAAUCACAAUCGUGAAUUAUAGUGGCUUCGGUUGAGUAUAUCAAUGCCUUGCUCGAACUUGAGAGUGUUCGUUUUCACUUUUGAAGUCUUCUUUUGGAAGAUUUUUAUUAGUUGUUAACCGUAAACGGCAACUAUACAAGAGAUUUCGUAUGGUUCACUAUUUACUGAGGCGAACAAACACACGCAACCACGAUUGGUUAAAACUUUGAUCCAAUCGGAAUCAUCAUCUUUGGACACGCUCGUGUCGGAUUCAUUUUCAAAUUGCUCAUAUAUCAUUCAUGACUCAGUUUUUCUUAGGAGUCUGAGAAAAAUAUUGCCUUAAUGGACAUAAAGCUUAUAAAUAAGAGUUUUUCAUGGUAGGAAAACAUCAGAGGUCUAAAAUUAACCAAAAAAGAUAACGGAUGGACAAGAAUGUAGAAGAUUCUUGCGGAUUGCAGUUCACGAACUUUGACUUGACGAGUUUAACUUGGGAACAGCGGCAAUUCCACUUCACUUUCUUUGCAUUUGAUUGACAUAUUCGCCGUACGAACAGUCGUGUCCAGUUCCCCCUGUUUACCGAAACCCGAUUGACUAAGAUCCUUGGUUAACUCCAAAUCAAUUUGAUCCGUUUUCAUAGCAAUUAAAGCUGGAUUUAUCUAUAUCAGGUGUUUCGCAGUCCAGGUUAUAUGGUUAGAUACUGCUAAUAGCGGUAAAUAAGCUGAUUCUCUCUCCGUAGAUUUCGAUAUUUUAAAAAAAUGAAAUUGUAAAGAAAUAAGUUAUCUGUAAUGUGUAAAUAUUCCAAGUAGUGUGAAGAAAUUGGCAAAAAGACGUGAAUUUUGUCCCAAAGAAAAAUGAAAAAUAAUUAGAAGGUAAAUGUUUUCUUUGCGCACGACGUGGCUACAUCAUCUAAUGUGUGCGCGCCCUUGAAGUCGUUUAGUGCAGAGUUGUGGAUUAAACAUGCACUUCAUCUAUGGCUUAUGACUCGGCAUAGGUGUGUGUGAAUUCUUGCAAAUUUUUUUAGGAAUCAAAACUUUUGCGCCUUUUUCCUUACGCCACAAAUAAUUAUUGACUUUUCCUUACUGCAUUUAAAUUACUCUUGCAAGUUUUUUUUUUUUGCUUAGUGUUGACAACUUGUUUUGCAAAUACAAUUGAGAAAGCUUUCAGAGGCCUUUGUAUGUUAAGCCAGAUGUGUUUAAUGGUAAUUAUAUAACAACUACAAUUUCGUUAAGUAAACAGAAAAGUUUCGUAACUUCCUUUAGUGACCAAGACAACUUCUCCUCACAAUUUCAAUACAGCAUAACAUCAAGCGGACACGUGACGAUAUUAUAGAAAAAUAUCAAUUAGGGGACGAUUAGUUGAUCCAAUAUAAAAUUCUCCAAACUAACGUUGUAGGAAUUGUAUGGCAGCUAGGACAAUUGAUAUUCUCUUCGUUGCAGACGGUUAGGAGAAUUAUUAUGGAGAUCACUGGAGUGAAAGGGUUAAAUGCGUAACAGUUUCGCUCAGGAGUUUUUUCCUUUUUUAAAGUGUUUUAAUUGUUUCAUUCCGUUGCAUAGUUAAAAUCACUGGCCUUUGGGUUUAGAUAAUUUGAAAAUGUAAUUUACCAGUUAAAGAAAUAACGCGCAGACGCGCUAUUGGGCGAUCAAAUCAGAUAAUUGAUUAUGCUUUGAUUUUUAUCGUGGUAGACUAAUAAUGGCGUGUAUUUCUGGGAAUCCCAACAUUUGUAUUACUUUAUUAUGUCAUUUGCCGGGUUUAAUAAAUUUGUUCGAGGCCUUAA